UCUCUCUCUCUCUCUCUCUCUCUCUCUCUCUCUCUCGUUCACCACAAAUAAAUCCUGUCUUAUCCGUACUGCAUGUGUUUAUGAUGGUGUUGGUGGAAGAAGAAAGAAGCAUAGAGGAAGGGCUUUUGGAGCUCAGUAACCAAACUGACGCUUCAGGCUGUCGUAUCACUGCCUGUGUUAUCCUCAGCACUUUCGUCGCCGUCUGUGGCUCCUUCUCCUUUGGAGUUGCUAUUGGUUAUACUUCAGGUGCUGAGAUAGGAAUUAUGAAAGACAUGGGUCUCUCUAUCGCAGAGUUCUCAGCGUUUGCCUCACUCUCUACGUUAGGAGCAACAUUCGGUGCAUUGUUCAGCGGUAAAAUGGCGGUCGUGCUAGGAAGAAGAGGAACAAUGUGGGUCUCCGAUAUCCUUUGUGUCAUUGGUUGGCUGUGCAUCGCUUUCGCUAAGAAUGUGUUGUGGCUACACUUCGGAAGAAUCUCAUCGGGAAUAGGAAUCGGCUUGAUUAGCUAUGUGGUACCUGUCUACAUAGCAGAAAUUACGCCAAAACAUGUUCGCGGUACAUUUACCUCGUCAAACCAGCUUCUUCAAAACUCCGGACUCGCCAUGGUUUUUUUUUGGGGGAAUUUCAUCAGCUGGAGGAAGAUGGCUUUACUAGGUGCUCUACCAUGCGUCAUUCAAGGGAUCGGUUUAUUCUUCGUACCAGAGUCUCCAAGAUGGCUGGCAAAAAUUGGUGCGGAUGAAGAACUAGAAAAUUCACUGCUUCGGCUUAGAGGGAGAGAUGCUGAUAUUUCACGCGAAGCCUCAGAGAUUCAAGUUAUGACCAAAAUGCUAGAACGUGAUUCAAAGUCGAGAUUUUCUGAUUUGUUCCAGAGAAAGUAUAGACACAUUAUCGUGGUAGGAGUCGGGCUAAUGUUGAUACAACAAUUUUCGGGUAGUACAGCUGUAAUAUCUUAUGCAAGUACCAUUUUUAGCAAAGCUGGUUUUUCUUUGACCAUUGGAUCGACAUUGUUAGGCAUCUUCAUGGUACCAAAAGCCACGAUUGGUCUAAUUCUUGUUGAUAAAUGGGGCAGACGGCCCCUUUUGUUGACUUCAGCGUGUGGGAUGAGCAUAACUUGCAUGUUUAUUGGGCUCGCGUUCACAUUACAGAAAAUGCAAUUGCUUCCGAAACUAACUCCAGUGCUGACGUUUUUAUGCGUUACGCUGUAUAUUGCAUCUUAUGCAGUAGGAAUAGGAUGCCUCCCUUGGAUAAUUAUGUCUGAGAUAUUUCCAAUGAACAUAAAAGUAACAGCAGGGACAUUAGUUACGUUGGCCUCAUGGUCAAGUAGUUCGAUCGUCACUUACGCUUUCAAUUUUCUAUUCGAAUGGAGCACUCAAGGAACAUUUUACAUAUUCGGGGCUAUUGGAGGAGCAGCACUGAUUUUUAUUUGGUUACUCGUUCCGGAAACGAAAGGAUUAUCACUUGAAGAAAUACAAACGUCGCUUACUCGUCAGCCCAACGAAAUAAAUCGUAUGUAGACUGAAAAAGAACUAAUGUGUGACACCCGUCACUUUCGAAAUAGUAAAAAUACUUCGAUAAAUACAAAUAUCUGAAAUAUCCAUAUAUAAAUAUUUGAAAGUCCACAUCCACGCAUGAAUUCCAUAAUAUAAAAUAAAAUCCGAAACAUAAGGUACGACAUAAACCGAGAAUCCAAAAUACGAAAUACCAUAACGAUAAAAGUCCAAAGGCCUAGAGGCCCGAUAACGA